GUACGCGGAAGCAAAACAACGAUUCGCCAGGUCCGUCUGUCAGACUGUAGAGUCUAAAGUCUCUACCUACACGUCUGUCUGUCAGAAACUCAUGCACGUAUUAAGAGAACUACAUCCAUAAUAAUAAUAAUAACGCGUCAGAAACAGAAACACCUGACUGCACUCUUCCAAAUGAACCGAAGCAGCAGCUGCUAACGUUAGCAUGUAAGAUAAUGUGUUAACAGCAUAGACUGUUCUGGCAACUUCUGACGCUAGCACGCCGUGUCAGCUAACUAGCUAACUUACAAGGCUGCGUCAAACGUCUCCGACACGAAGUAAGUUAUAAUGUUUUUUUGCAAACUACAAAUCAUAUUAUGGUCAGUUUGCUAGUUAGUCAACAGCAUAAAGCUACGUAACGUGCCCAGUACUUCAGAAACCCGGGUGAAAAACAAAAUAUGUCCUUUCUUCUUCUAUUUAAAUCCCGGCAGGUUGUACAUGCAGGGAGGAUAACGCUGCCACCUACCUUCUACAUUCAAUUUAGGUGAGUGUGUCCUCCCCACCAGGCUGAUACAGAUGUCUGCUCCUCCUCCCGAAGAUUUGGUCAAACAGUGGGAGAGCGAGCAGGCCCGUCUCAGACAGCAGGUGGUGGAGGAGGACACUGAGGACUGGCAGACGAGUCCAGACUUCUCAGGCCUGGAGAGAGUUGGAGGAGUGGACCUGUCCUUCAUUAAAGGUGAUGAUGUCAACGCCUGCGCCCAGCUCGUGGUACUCAGCUACCCGGACCUGGAGGUGCUGUAUGAGGACAGUCAGAUGGUAACCCUGACGGCUCCCUACAUAGCUGGCUUCCUAGCCUUCAGAGAAACCCCCUUCCUCCUGGAGGCUCUGCAACGGCUGGAAAGGAACCAGCCCAAACUUCUGCCUCAGGUGGUGUUUGUCGAUGGGAAUGGGCUCUUCCACUACAGAGAGUUCGGCCUGGCGUGUCAUCUCGGAGUGCUGUCCGGGCUGCCGUGUGUGGGCGUGGCCAAGAACCUGCUGCAGGUGCAGGGCGUGUACAAGAGUGAAGAGCACCAGUCACAGAUAGCUGCUCUGCAGAAAGGAGGAGACAGCUUCCCGCUCGCAGCCGCCUCAGGCAAAGUUCUUGGAAAGGCAUUGCGAAGCUCUGACAAGAGCUCUAAGCCAGUGUAUGUGUCCGUUGGCCACAAGAUCAGUGUGGACACAGCUGUACGCCUCACACACUCCUGCUGCCGCUACCGGGUCCCAGAGCCCAUCAGACAGGCCGACUGUCGCUCCAGAGAAUACCUUCGCACACACUUUCCAGCUUCUGAUACAUGAAACAAGGAAUGAGGUUGCAGAUGCACCGAAGGAUCUCAAAAUUUUGAAAUUCAACAUUUUGAAGACCAGCAACUACAGAAGACCACUAAAGUGUGUGUGUGCGUGUGUCUGUGUGUGUGUGUGUGAGAGAGUGCGUGCGUGCGUGCGUGCGUGCCUGUGUGCGCGUGCGCUGUAACUUUUGAACUGGUUUUAAAAGUGCAGCUGUUUUAGUCUGGGCCAAGACACAAGUCGUAUUAACUGUAUCUUUUUAUGCUCUUGCCCCAUAUUUAAACUGGAUAUGGGUCAGAUUGGCUCUUUUUAUACACUGUUCUCAUUACAUUUUUGGGUCACUCAGCUUUUUACACUAAGAACCUCGUAAAUAAAUUAUGAAUGUCCC